AUGGGGCCAGUAAGGGCAAGCAGGGGGGGGGAGGAGCAGGGAGGGACAGAGGAGGCAGUGCAGGAGCAUAGGGCAAGCCAGACCCAUAACCCAGGCAGUAGGAAAGAGGCGCUAAGAGCCCGAGGCCGUCAAGGAAGCCAACAGCAGGAUCAGGGCACGGGGAAGCAGCAGUGUUCGACUACCGCAGUGAUAGAGACCAACACUAGCCAUGACGAGGCCGAGGAGGGCACAGAAGGAGACGAGGGUGUAAGCAGGGGAAGAGCCAGGCUAGAAGAGGCAAUAGGACCAAGCGAGUGGAGGGAUCACGGGGGUGUGUGGGAUAGCACUGCUCCUCCCUGCUGCUUUGGCCUGUUAUUUGAGCUCUUGGUUUCUCUUCCACCCGUUCACUUGUUUAUCGCGGUAGCAGUGGUAAGCAGAGCAAGCAGGGAAGCCAUGCAGCGCAGUGGAGGGGAUAGCAGGGGAGAGAGGGGGGCACAGCAGCAGCAGAGCAGGGAGAGAGGGGCUAGCGUCGAAUACGCCAGGAAACCUACUGGGGGGAGAAUGGGGGACAAAAUGAGAAGAGGACAGCAGGGUGGACAAGAAGAGAGAGCACGGGACAGAACCGGCUACACGUCUGUUUGUAGAUCACUAAAGGGCGGAGCCCGUGCCUCAAGGAAAGCGCGUCUGGAGUAUGCCCAGUUGGCACAGGGGUGGCAGCCAGGGUCACACCAGGCAGGAAAGAUGGCAGGCCACUGA